CCUCUAGCGGCAGAGAUGGCACGUUUCACCCCUUUCCCGCCGCCACGCGCCUCCAGCGACCCCGGGGAAAUCUCUGUUGCACAGACUUAUGGGAAAUGUAGUCUCACCCGUUGUGACGUCGCAAGCCAGGCUUGGCCGGGCGGCGCCUUCCGAGUUCGUUCUGUGCACGCGCGCUCCCCCCUCACCCGGCUUCCCUCUCCGAUUUGGGCUCACGUUUCUUACUCCCCUGCUGGGGUGGCAUCCCUGAGUGAAGGUUGGUUGGUUCAGGGUGCAGGGCAGCCCCCCAGGCCUGAGGGGUUGAUUGUGCAGGGUGAGCCGAACAUGCUGUCAUUCAAGGAUGUGGCCAUUAAUUUCUCUGCAGAGGAGUAUGAAUGCCUGGACUCUGCUCAGUGGAAUCUGUACAGGGAUGUGAUGCUCGAGAAUUACAGCAACCUUGUGUUCCUGGGCCUUUCUUUCUCCAAGCCAUUACUGGUCAGAUUUCUGGAGAAAAACCAAGAGCUUCGGAAGAGUCAAGCAGCAGCUGUGCGCCAAGGAAAGAAACCUUAUAAAUGUAAAGAAUGUGGCAAAGCCUUCGCUAAGAACUCAUUUCUUACUUAUCAUCUGAGAAUUCAUACCGGAGAGAAACCCUACAAGUGUGAUAAAUGUGGCAAGGCCUUUUCAAAGCUUUUCAUACUUACUAACCACCAGAAAGUUCACACUGGAGAGAAACCCUACAAGUGUGAAGUAUGUGGCAAGGCCUUUACUGUGCUUUCCACACUUAUUAACCACCGUACUGUGCAUACUGGAGAGAAACCCUACAAGUGUGAUGUAUGUGGCAAGGCCUUUUCUUUGGCUUCCACACUUAUUAACCACCAGAAAAUUCACACUGGAGAGAAACCCUAUGAGUGUGAAGUAUGUGGCAAAAAGUUUUCCAGUCCUGCAGACUUUAAAAAACACCAAAGAGUUCAUACUGGAGAGAAACCUUACAAGUGUAAAGAAUGUGAAAAACCCUUUAGUAGUCUUUCAGACCUUAGUAAACACAAAGUUGUUCAUACUGGAGAGAAGCGUUACAUCUGUGAAAAAUGUGGGAAAGCCUAUAGUAGGAGACACCACCUUAAUCGACACAAGCAGGCUCACACUGGACAGAAAUCCUAUAAGUGCACAGAAUGUGGCAAAAUGUUUUACUAUGCUUCAGGCCUUAAAAGACAUCAAAGAAUUCAUUCUGAGGAGAGACCCUAUGAGUGUGAGGAAUGUGGCAAAUCCUUUCCCUGUCCUUCAGAUGUUACUCAACAUGCGAGAACCCAUAAGAGACUGAAGCAAUACACCUGCGAAAAAUGUGGAGCAAUGGCAAGAACAGAAAAAAAGACAGUGGUCAGUUCCCACACCGCACUGAUAUCAACGCUGAUUUUCCUCAAGAGGAGCAGAGAGCUCAGAGAAUGCCCGGUGGUGAAUACUUGCCUGGGUUUGAGAAAGACUGGAGAGAAGUGGGUGAAGCUCUGGUACAGCUCCUACAACAUUAAAUUGUUUACCCAGGAACUUCUGUCAUUCACAGACGUGGCCAUUAAUUUCUCUGUAGAGGAGUGUGAAUGCCUGGAGCCUGCUCAGUGGAAUCUGUACAAGGAAGUGAUGUUGGAGAACUACAGCAACCUUGUAUUCCUGGGUCUUGUUUUCUCUAAGCCAUAUCUGGUCACAUUUCUGGAGCAAAAUACAGAACCUUGGAUUGUGAAGAGAAAAGCACCAGCUGCCAGCCGUCCAGGAUCAAAACCCCAUAAAUGUAAAGAAUGUGGGAAGGCCUUUGAUAGAAAUUCAGUCCUUAUUCAACACCAGAGAAUUCAUACUGGAGAGAGACCUUAUACAUGUGAAGAAUGUGGUAAAUCUUUUAACUAUUCUUCCAGCCUUAAACAGCACCAAAGAAUUCAUACCGGAGAGAAACCCUACAAGUGUGAAGUAUGUGGUAAAGCUUUUAGCUGUUCUUCAUAUCUGGGUAAGCAUCAAAGAAUCCACACUGGAGAGAAACGCUACAGAUGUGAAGAGUGUGGUAAACCUUUUACUAACUGUUCAGGCCUUGUUGUUCACCGAAGAGUUCAUACCGGAGAGAAACCCUACAAGUGUGAAGAGUGUGGCAAGGCCUUUAGUGUUCGCACAACACUCUCUAAACAUCAGAUAAUUCAUACUGGAGAGAAACCGUAUAAAUGUGAUGAAUGUGGAAAGACUUUUAAUGUUCACUCAACACUUUCUAAACACCAGAGAAUUCACACUGGAGAGAAACCUUAUAAAUGCGAAGAAUGCGGCAUGGCCUUUAAUGUUCGCUGCAUACUUUCUAAACACCAGAGGACCCACACUGGAGAGAAACCCUACAAAUGUAAAGAGUGUGGCAAAGCCUUUAACUGUUCUUCCAGCCUUCAUCAACACCAACAAAUACACAGAGGAGAGAAACUCUACAAAUGUGAUGACUGUGACCAGGCCUUUAGCUGUUCUUCUUAUCUGUAUAAGCACCGGCGAAUCCAUAGUGGGAUGAAACCCUACAAAUGCAAGGAAUGUGGCAAGGCCUUUUACUGUUCUGUAAACCUUAUUUACCAUCAGAGAAUUCAUACUGGAGAGAAACCAUAUAAGUGUGAUGAGUGUGGAAAAGCCUUUAGCAUUUGCUCAACUUAUAUGAAACACCAGCGGAUACAUAGUGGAGAAAAACCCUACAAAUGCAAAGAAUGUGAGAAAGCCUUUAAUAAUUGUUAUAAUCUAAUUCAACACCAAAGAAUUCAUACUGGAGAGAAACCCUACAAGUGUAAAGACUGUGGCAAAGCCUUCAAUUAUACUUCAAGCCUUGCUCAACAUCAAAGAAUUCACACCGGAGAAAAACCCUACAAAUGUGAAGAAUGCGGUAAGGCCUUUAAUUCUUCUUCAAACCUUAAACAUCAUUGGAGACUUCAUACUGGAGAGAAGCCCUACAAAUGUGAACAAUGUGGCAAAGCCUUUAAAAAUUGUUCAGGCUUUACUCGGCACUACAGAACUCAUAUCAGAGAAAAUGCAGAUUAGUGCAAACACUGUCAAAAAGCCUUCAAUAAUUGUUUAUUGAUCCUUCAACAUUAAAGAAUUCAUAUGAGAGAGAAAUUUUAGAAAUGAAAGGAAUAAGGGAAGACCUCUAAUAACAGUUCAACCCUUAUUCAACAUCCAACAUUUCUUUCAUACCAGAAAAAUCUUGUAGUGGUGAAGAAGAUGACUGUGUUGAGCAGUCUAUAUUUAUGCAACAUCAAAAAUUUACAUUUUAGAGAAUCCCUAUAAAUGCAAGUAAUGUGGGAAAUCCUCAUUAACCAUGAGUGAAUUAUAAUCAAACUUUAUACAUGCGUAAUGACUUGGGAAGGAACAGUAAAAUAUAUAAAACUGAGAAAAGCUACUGGUAAAAAGCAGUGUAAGCAGUGUUGCAAGACUUUAGUCAUUAGGUAGACCUAAAGAGAAUAUAAGGGAAUGAUCAUAGACAAACUUCAUGAAUUGUAUGUAUAGAAUUUAACAAAGCAUGAAAUAUUGCUUUUAAUUUCUAGGGGAAUUGUUGUUGUGAUAGAAAAACGCAUUACAGACUUUGGGGUCAUGCAGAUAACUCAAAUCUUUGAGGAUAUGAGUAUGCUAUAAAUCCAAAUUAUAACAUAGGCUCAAUUUUGAAAAAAAUGUAAAGAUCACAACUGCUAGAUAAUUUUAUCAGAAGAACAUGACUGAAUCCUGAGGCUUGAGAGUCUGUUUUUUUUUUUUUUCCCAGAGAUCAUACAAUACAUUAUUGGAAUAUGAAGUUUAGUGACUUUUGUAAAUAAAAAUAAGUGGUUCUUAAUGCACUUUUAAUGUUGUGUAUAGAAUUACAUUCCGCUACAGACAUUAAAAUAAAAUCUACCUUAGUGAGGUAUGAUGGCUAAUCUUGGCCAUCCACUUGACACAUCUAGGAAGAGGGAACCUCAAUUAAAGGAUUGUCUCUGUCAGAUUGGCCUGUGAACAUGACUGUUACAUUUUCUUGAGUACAAUUGAUAUAGGAGGUCCCAGUCCACUGCGGACAAAACCAUCCCGAGGCUAUAUGGGCCUGGGCUGUAUAAGAAAGAUGACUGAAAAUGAGAUGGGAGUAAGCCACUAAGUAGCAUUCUUCCAUGAUCUUUGCUCAGGCUCCUGCCUUCAGUUCCUGCCUUGGAUUUCUUCCGUGAUGGACUGUUUUGUAUAAAAUGAAACCCUUUCUUACCCAAGUUGCUUUUUGGUCGUGGGGUGUGUCAAAGUAACAGAGAAACAAACUAGAACAUAAGGGAUCUAGGUAAUAUUUUACUUACACACUACUGAGGAUUAGUGGGAUCGUCUGUUCCCAAUGUUCAUGUGCUUCAGGUAAUUUGUAGCAUAUUAUCUUUUAUGUUAUAUCAUUAUUCAUCCACCUUUCAAUUACUUUCAUAUCAUGUGUUUUAUAGAAAUAAAGUUAUACCCUUUUUGACUCUU